ACCCUUCAGAGGGAGCGGCUUUGCUCGGGGCUGAGGCGCACCGGUGGUGUCUGUGAAUUUCACCGAUUCCGGCACUCGUUUUCCGGCUCCGCGGGAGAGCCAGGACAGGACGGUCGGCCGGAUGAGCCCCGAGGUCCCUGGCAGCCCUGGGAGCCUAAGCCCAGAGGUAUUUAGUUGUUGGGUUCCUGCUACGUGCCACGCUCCCUCUCUGAGGGCUGCAGAGGGAGCCUCACACAGGGUCCCUGCCCCUUCUAGGCCAGCUUGACAGCUGGUCCUCCCCCUUCCGAGACGGGGCCACCGAGAGGCUGGUGGGGACAGGUCUGGCCCGGGGAGGAGGGGAGGCGAGCCCCCGCCCCCCACUCCGCAGCAGGAGCUCCGGGCCAGCGAGGAUGCGAGGUGCCCAGGCUUCAUCCCCACAUGUCCGCCGCCGCCGCCGCCGCCGGGCUCAUCCCCAGCCAGCGCAGUCCCUGGAGCAGUGCCCUGGAGCAGAGCCGGUUGUGCAAUCCCUAGUUAUCUUAGGGGCAAGCUCCACCCUAGGGCUUUCCUUUCCGAGCCCGAGCCCGAGUCAGAGUGACUCACCGUUCUGCACCAGAGGAAACCGGAGCAGCCGGGGGGCCGGAGCCGGGGCCGGAGCCGGAGCCGGAGCCGGAGCCGGAGCCGGAGCCCAGACCUCGCCUGCCCGCCCGCCCUGCCCUGCCCGGCUCCGAUGGCGUCUCCAGGAUGGAACAGAAGAGGCUCAGGAGAAUGGGCAGCCUAUCGUGGCUGACUUCCUUGCAGAGGAAAGAAGUAGGCUUCAUGAAACGAUGUCACUCUUGGGACUGGAGACAUACUGUAACAGGAAACUCAGCCUCCAGGAUGCCCGGCAGAUCAGCUUUGACAGUAUGAAGAACUGGGCACCCCAGGUGCCUACCGACUUGCCUUGGAGCUUCCUGAGAAAGCUGUUGGCUCUUAACUCAGAAGUCAGAAACACUACCCUGCUCUCAGACUUGCCCCAGGAUGACAGGACAGGUGAGAAGGAAACCCAAGUGGACGAGCAAGAAAUAUACUGGGGUACCUCGGAGGACAUUUAUUCUCUUACGGAGCUGGCCACCACCCCCGAUGUGCCACUGAAUCCCUUGGACCUCCUCUGUGCGCUUCUUCUUUGCUCAGACAGCUUUCUGCAGCAGGAGCUGCUGGUCAAGAUGUCCCUUUGCCAGUUUGCCCUCCCUGUAGUCCUGCCCGACUCGGAGAACCAAAACCACACCUUCCUGCUGUGGGCCCUGCGGGGGGUAAUGAGGACGUGGUGGUGGCAAUCCCCGGGGGGAUCCAGGACUUCGAGAGAGGAGAGUUUGGUGCUCACCAGGGUACCAAUCAUCUCCUUCGCACGCAUGGACAUCAGCAGCCACUCGAAGUCUCACCUCCUCAAUGCCGUCAUGAGCUCCUCCCACCACCAGCCUCACGACUACUUCUGCCAUCGGGAGAUGCCAUCGGCAGCCAACGCUCGAGAGAUUGCAGACGGGUUGGUAGAGAUGUCCUGGUACUCCCCCAGCGGCGGCAGCGGCGGCAAAGAGAACCUGGACGUCUUCCCAGAACCCGUAGCCUUUGCCAACCUGAGAGGCGAGAUCGGAAGUCACUGGCAGCAGUUUAAGCUGCUGACCGAGACGUCGUCGGCCGUUUUCAUAUUAACUGACAACAUAGGUCAAAAGGAGUACGAGCUGCUCUGCUCUCUGAGCGGGUCCACCACUCGCUAUUACCUCAUCCUUAGCCCCUACCGUGGCAAACGCAACGCCAACCUGAGGUUCCUGAAUAAGCUGGUCUCCGUCCUUCAAAUGGACUACUCGCACGUCCUGGUGAAGGUCAGCAGCACCGACAGCAAACGCCUGGUCAGAAGGCUCCAGGCCAUCGUGGCCAACGUCAUCAAGUCGGCCAGUAGGAAGGUGUCUCUGGAGGACAUGGCGGAAACAGCCAGGACCCUGGGGCUCAAGGUGGACGAGGACUGCGAGGAGUGUCAGAAGGCCCGAGAGCGGGUGGAGAAGAUCACCCAGGACAUCCACGACGCGGAGCUCUACAAGAGGGAGAAGCUCCGGCUGCAGGGGGACCCUUGGAGAAACAUCGCUCAGGUGGAGAAGGAGCUCUGUCGGCUGCAGAGGGCGGGAGACUCUUCGCCGGAGAAAUACAAAUCAGAGCUCAGGCAGCGCCUGCUGGCCUUGAGGAUGCACCAGAACCGCUACGAGCUGGGGUGGGCCAUGCAGGAAUUUAUUAAGGGAAUUGCCAAUCCUUCCCUCGUGGAGAAGCAGUACUUCCUGGGCUGGAUGAAGCUGAAGCUGGAGGAGAUGGCCCGGCAGAGGUGGAGACAGUCGCCGGAGGCCCUCGCUCCGCUGGGACCAAAGCACAGCAGGCCGGCAGAAUUCCGGGAGCAGUUCUGGCCCGCCCCCUUGGGGGUGGAGCACUUCUUGAGGGAAAUGGGGCAGUUUUAUGAGGCCGAAUGCUAUCUCGUGGAGGCGGGGAAGAUGGCGGAAAACCAAAAGCGCUUCACGCACUUUGUCGGCCUGGCCUCGGAGCUGGUGCUCAGCGGCUUUCCUCUGGAACUGAUGGAUCGAGGCACCUGCUGCGUCCCCUUGCGGUGGGUGACGGGCAUCCUGAGGGAGCUCCACGCUCGGCUGGAGGGCAGUCCCCGCCUGCUGGUGCUCUCGGUGCUGGGCACAGAGGGCACGGGGAAAUCCACUCUGCUCAAUACCAUGUUUGGGCUCCAGUUCGCCACGGGCAGGAGCUGCAAGCCCCAUGGGACUUUCAUGCAGCUCAUUUCCGUGACGGAGGACUUCCGCCAGGACCUGGGCUGCGACUUCAUUCUGGUCAUCGACUCGGGAGGCUUGACGGGCGGGGUCACGGCCGCCAGGGGGGAGAGGUACGAGCUGGAGGUCUCUCUGGCCACUCUCGCCAUGGGGCUCAGCAACAUCACCGUGGUCAGCAUGGCCGAAGCCAAGGACACCCCUCUGGCGGCCCUCCACGCCUUUCUGAAGCUUGAAAAAUUGGGGCACGUCCCCAACUGUCAACUCGUGUCCCAGGACCUGAGCGAAGGGCCGGUGGCCAGACCCCACCUGAGAGACCGGAGGCAGCUGCUGCAACAACUGAGUGACUUGAGCCGGGCCGUGGCCGAGCUGGAGAAGCAGGAGGAGGAGCGGACCCUUUCCGACAUGGUCCUGUGCGACCCUGAGAAACACAUCUGGCACAUCCCUCGUUUGUGGCACGGAGUGCCCCCCAUGGCCCCGGUAAGCCUCGGCUACUGCGAGGCCGUCUUUGAGCUGAAGAGAUGUCUGCUGGAGAACAUCCGCAAUGGCGUGUGCCAUCAACACAGAGACAUUGUACAACUGGUGGAACUGGUGGGGCGGCUGUGAAGGCAGAGACCCCUGGAAACACGAGCUGUUGCCCAACCUGCAGGGAGGGACCUCUCCAAAGCGGAGGGGAAUCCCGACUAGGAGAGGUUUCCCGAGGCGAUGAAGAAGGAAGCCCGAGGUCCUGGAGAGACUUCUGGAGACAGAGCAGCUGGCGCCUGAGCCUGCUUGAGAAGAGGUGUGGGGAAGAGCAGAUCCGGUUUGCAUCCUCCUAGGACCCGGUUCAGAGAGCGAAGCAGCCAUCGAACCAGCUACGAGCUCAGAGUGAUUUUUAUCCGGAAUACAGAAUUCCCCUAUCAGGAAAGCCUCCAACAUUGCUAAUUUGAAGGCCCUGAACGCCCUAGAAAGGAAACACCCAAGCCACGGUUUUAUUCUCUGGCUGGGUGCCUCCAUGUGUGCCAUUCAAGGCUGCUCCCAGGUUGGCAGGCACUUCAUAAGGGCUAGUUCCCUCCAUUUUGCCUCCUCCUGGAACGGUGUGGUCCUCCCCCCAGGACACCCUUCCUGUCCUAGAUAAUCACCAAGGCCCAGGACAAGGGGUGGGGCUAGAAGAAGUUGUGCAGAGACCCCAAGGGUCCCCUCUCUUCAGGUGAGGGUCUUUCUCUUGUCUAGCCAGGGGGUUCAGCAUGAAUGGCAGGACCUGCAGGAUCGUCACCUUCCUGACACUGACAUUUCUGCCAUGGGCCCAUGGGGUACAAAGCACUUUAUUUAUUGACUUCUCUGCUAAUAAUGAGUGAUACCAGACAGGUUCUUCUCCUUGUUUGUGCCUUAAUUUUCCUAUUUCCCAAAUGAGGACUUGAAUGCCCACCUGAUGUGUUAGGAGGCUGAAUGAGAGUGUGUUUGUAAACUUGGAAUACCUCAGAGAGUCACCAUAAAAACGUCAUGCGUGCGUCACUGCUGUCUGUAUCCAAAGGAGUCAUUCUUUCCCCCAGGUUGUCCCUGGGAUACUCGUGCUGUACCCAGAGUUGUGAAUGGUCAGGGGGCUGGUUUGACCAGCCAAAAACAUUGGACAAAGAGGAAAUGGGGCAAAUUCCCAAGAUGUGGGUUAAAUACUAUUAAUGUUUGUGAAAGGGACUUAGCAGAAGGUAAAGGAAAUACUUUUCCACUUGACCCAACACAGGCAUUAAUACAACGCUUGUAAAGUUAGGGGGUCAGCCUCAGCCUCUAAAGAACCUUCCCGCCCUAACUCGAUGACCCUUUGUGCACUGUUAGAGGUAGGUAACAUGGCAGAGAGGACCAGCCUUGGAUUCAGGAAUAAAUGAAUGACUGACAAAAAAGGGACUUAUCAGAGGGUAAAGAAAAUACUUUUCCACUUGAUUUAACACAGCCAAAAGGCAUGAAGGAUCAUCAGGCCAUGAAGAGACAAACCAGGAGUGGUUCUAGCAGAAAUAAGUCAAUCAUUGGGGCAGCUGGGUGGCUCAGUGGAUUGAGAGCCAGGCUUAGAAAGAGGAGGUCCUAAGUUCAAAUCUGGCCACAGAUACUUCCUUGCUGUAUGAUCCAGUCAAGUCACUUAACCCCCCCUUGCAUAGCCCUUACCACUCCUCUGCCUUAGAACCAAUACACAACAUAGUAUUUAUUCUAAGAUGGAAGGUAAGGGUUUUUUUAAAAAGUAACCAGUCUGCAUUGGUGGAUCAAACAUUCAAUCAAGUGUUAAGUGUCUACUGGGUGUCAGGCAUUGUGUUGAAGAGACAAAAGCAAAAAUGAAGCAUUCCUUGUCCUCAAGGGUCUUUCUAACUGAGAGGAAAACCAACACAUACACAGGUAAGUCAGUACAAAUGGAGAGGGACUUUGGGAGUGUCCUAUUCCAGGACUGGACACUCUCAAAAAAAAUGUGUCUAGAGGUGUUGUAUUUUAAUGGUUCAGUUGGGUGGCGUGAUGGAUAGAGCACGAAUUUAGGGUUAGAGUUAGGGUUAGGGUUUAGGGCUAGGGUUUGUAAUCAGUAAGACUCAUCUUCCUGAGCUCAAAUCCAGUCUCAAACACUUAAUAGCUAAGUGACCCAGGGCAAGUCACUUUACCCUGUUUGUCUCAGUUUCCUCAUCUGUAAAAUGAGCUGGAGAAGGACAUGGAGAACCAGUCCAGUAUCUCUGCCAUGAAAAUUCCAAAUGGGGUCAUGAAGAGUGGAACAUGACUAAAACAACUGAACAACAAAGUUCAAAUUCCUUUAUUUCAUAUUUGAAAACAAUGGCAAACCACCCAAGUAUCUUUCCCAAGAAAACUCCAAAAUGGGGUUCCAAAGAAUUGUAUACAACUGAAACGAUGGGCAGUGACUUCAGCCGGGCAGGGGUAGAGAGAGGUUGUUCUCACCUUUUGUAAAGACUAUACUUCCUCCAUCCUAUUUGAGUUUGAUCUGUUUGUCCAUAAAUCCUUCAUGGAUGAUUGACCCAACAUGGCAGAGGCCUUCCUCUUGUUUCUAAGUCAGUGUCAAAAGUAUAUCAAGUAAAUACAAAAUAAUUUCUGGAGAAGGCGAGGGGGGGAAAGUACCUACACUUGGGGAAAUCAUGGAAGGCCUCUUAGCAUUUAUUAAACACCUACUAUGUGCCAGGUACUGUGCUAAAGGAAUAUAAAGAAAUGCCAAAGAAACAGUAGAGAACAUGCAGAGGAAUAUGUACAAAUAUAGUAUAUACAGAAUAAAAAGGAAAUAACAGUGGGAAGGCACUAGAAUUAGGAGGAACUGGGAAAGGCAAGGAGGGACCAAUGAGAACUCAGGAUGUCCAUCUGUUAACUUUCAUUCUUACUCUCAUUGUCAUUUUCUUUUCCAUUCAUAUCUAUAUCCAACGAUGUCCUUUGUGCUCACUUUGACGUUCAACUCAGUCAAACUCAGGCAUUUACUAAGAGCCUACUGUGUGCUCAGGACUGGUCCCAAGCUUCAUUGAACAUACUUAGGUACCUCAUGAGUUCUUCCUUUUAAUAACUUGUAAUUUCAGUUCUCCUCAGAUUACCAUGAUUUAUUGCCAUAAUUGGUGAUCCAUUGGGACUUCCAUAACAGUAAGGAGUUUGAGAUCAUGGAAGACACAUUUAUUUUAGUCAUUUUUGGUCUUGUCUGACUCUUCAUGACUAAUUUUGGGGUGUUUUCUUGGCAAUGAUAUUGACAUAGUUUGCCAUUUCCUUCUCCAGCUAAUUUUACAGAUGAAGAAACUGAGACGAUAAGGUAAAGUGACUUACCCAGGGUCACACAGCUUGUGUCUGAGGCUGGAUUUAAACUCAUAUCUUCCCCAUUCCAUGUCACCAAGAUGCCUAGAAAACACAUAGCCAUUUCCCAAAAGCAACCCAGUUCAUUCUUCUUCUGCUACUCAAUUCUAGGCCUAGCUUAUUAUCCAACUGUAGCACCUGACAAAAUGUACAUGUUGGUGGACUUCAUUCAAAAAGCAUCUAAGUGGAGGAAGCUAGGUGGCUCAGUGUGUAGUCAGGCCUGGAAAUAGGAGGUCCUGGGUUCAAAUCUUGCCUCGGAUACCUUAUAUGUGACCCUGGGCAAGUCAUUUAACCCUCAUUGCCUAGCCCUUUCUCUUCUACCUUGGAACCAAUACUUGGUACUGAUUCUAAGACAAAAUUUAAAGGUUUAAAAAGAAAGACAUCUCAGUACAGCCAUUUUGCUGGGAACUAUGAAUAUGAAGACAAAAAAGAAGCUUCUACCCUCAAGGAGCUUACAUUUUACUGGGAGGAAAGAAGCAUACAGAUUAAGUCAAUGUCAAAAGUAUAUCAAGUAAAUGUAAAAUACUUUCUGGGGAAGGCCAGGGGAAAAGUACCUACCCUUGGGGGAAUCAUGGAAGGCCUCUUAGAGGAGGUGGUCUAGAAGGAAGCCAGGGAUUCCAAAAGGAAAGAAUACAUCCAAGGCUGGAGGAACAAACUGUUCAAAGUCAUGGAGUCAGGCGAUGGGGUGUCACAUACAGGGAACAACAAGGAAGCCAGUUUGACCAGAAUAUCGACUGUGUGAAAGGAAGUAAUGUGAGACCAGACUGGAAAGCUCAGCGGAAGCCAGGCUCCCAAGAGGAUGAAAUGCAAGUGGAUGAAUUUCUAUUCUAUCCUAGAGGGAUUAGACAUUCCACCUGGCAGCUCGGCCAAUUCCUUGUUAUGACCAGGACACGCCACUUCUAUGUCUACUUUCCAGCUUGAGCUCUCUCCUCUGUUUUGGAUUCAGUGUCUCCACCAUCCAUUAUCCCAAUUAGUCAACUCUAUUGUAUCUGGUCUUUAUUUUCUCUUUUUUAAAAAAGUUUUAUUUUUCCCCCUCAAUUACAUGGAAACCCCCCCAAUUUUCAACCUCCUUUUUACUUUGAAUUUGAGCCAACCAUCUUUACUUUCACACGACUGACUAAAUGAGUGGAGCAGACAAUA